GGUGCGGCGCGGCGGUGUCAUGGCGGAGGUGGGCGCGCACCUCACGGCCGCCCCGGCCGGGGGGGACCGGCCGUCCGUGUUCGAGGCGGUGGCCCAGGACAGCCUGAUGGCCGCCGUGAAACCCGCCCUGCAGCACCUGGUUAAGGUGCUUGCUGAGUCUAAUCCUGGCCGAUACGGCUUCCUCUGGCACUGGUUUGAUGAGAUUUACGUCCUUCUGGAUUUGCUGCUCCAGCAGCACUACCUGGCCAGGUGCAGCGCGUCCUUCUCCGAGAAUUUCUACAGCUUGAAGAGGAUCCCAAUGGGAGAGGGCAGACAGCAGCUUCUGKCCACGGCUGGGCUGCCAAAGAGGCAGCACUGGAAGUCUCUGCUCCURCUGGUUCUUGUUCCUUACCUAAAAGGAAAGCUGGAGAAACUGGUGUCCAGCCUGAGGGAAGAGGAUGAGUACUCCAUCCACCCUCCAUCAUCAUCCUGGAAGCGCUUCUACAGAGCCUUUCUAGCUGCCUAUCCCUACGUAAAUAUGACCUGGGAGGGCUGGUUUCUUAUCCAGCAACUGUGCUACAUCCUGGGGAAAGCUGAGCAUCAUUCCCCCAUGCUGAAGCUGGCUGGUGUCCGCCUGGUCAGGCUGACUGYGGAGGAUAUCCAGGCCCUGGAGAAGAAAUGGGCUGAAACCACCUCAAGUCAAACACACAGCUUUACAUCCCGAGUGCAGUCAGCCCUGAGGAAAGCCCUGGGCGGCAUUGCCUUCUCGCUGUCCACCGGCCUGUCCGUCAGCGUGUUCUUCCUGCAAUUCCUGGACUGGUGGUACUCUUCAGAAAACCAGGAGACCAUCAAGUCCCUGACAGCRCUCCCCACUCCCCCACCCCCUGUGCACCUGGAGCACGAGCCCAGCUCAGCUCUCCUGCCCAGCCUGAAGACCGUGUGUCCUCUGUGCCGCAAGGUCCGGGUGAACGCCACGGCUCUGGCCACGUCCGGCUUCGUGUUCUGCUACCGCUGCAUCUACAGCUACGUGAAGGCUCACCAGUGCUGCCCAGUCACAGGCUAUGCCACAGAGCUGCAGCACCUGGUCAAACUCUACUCCCCUGAGAGCUGAAAGGUUUCYAGGAGCUUCCAUCGCCCUUUCUUACAUCCUGUGGAAGAUUUCUGACUGCCACAGCUCAUCAGUGAGCUCUACAGCACUUUUGAACUUGGUGGUUCAUCAGCUUUGYUGCCUUUGCACAUCCUGGCAAGGCUCUCCCCUUUGUUGAUAAGCUGUGCAAACAUCCUGUGGCAGUUGCAGAGGGAUCACACAGCCCCAACCUGUCAGCCAGCACAGAAAUGCCUUAAAAGACCAGCUGAAAGGGAAGAAACAUUGAUUUGGGUAAGAGGAAUGCAGAUGUGAGGAUCAAAGACCAGCACUGGUCCUGCUUCAGGASAUGAGCCAGAAAAUUAAAGAGGUGGGGAAAUUCUCUAGGCAAGUUCUUCCUCCCUGGGCAAUUUCCCAGGCCCUCAUGCUGCCCAGGGUGAGCUCUGGCUUUGUCAGAGCUGGAGACAGGGCUUAAACCUCUGCUCUUCAGGCUCCUCACCUUGGAAUUGAGAACAUCAACCCCCUAAUUCCCAUCAACGGUUCUAAAUUAAGACUUUUGACUCUUUAAAGGAGCAAGAGGAAUGUGACAUUUUGCGCAAGAGAGAAAAAUGACAAACCUGAUUAAAACAGAAACUGCCAACCGAUGACAGUGGUUGAUUGUUAAAUAAGUCUUCGCAUUCAUGAUUAUCUGCUUUCAUAAAGCAAAAUUCUUUCUUGAUUGAGAGCCUCAUUUAAUUCUUUUCUGGUUUAUGGAAAAAGAGUUUGCUCCUCUGGGGGCUCUGUUUACAUAAGAGAGACAAGACUAAAGCUGCUUUCGUCUUUUCAUGUGAUGAUAGUGGAUGUAAGAUUGACAUUUUGUAGGCUGAGAAUCUUUCAUAUCUGAGCAUUACAUUGCAAUUAUUCCAGUCCCAGCCAUGUAGCACAUUCAUAUGAGAACAAAACAUCCUUUCACUGAACACAAGAGGAAAGAAAACCUGUGAGACAUGGUUGACAYCAGAUUUUUCAGGAUGGAAGGUUGUUUUCCUGACUCUAGGGAGCAGCAGUGCUCCAGAUAUCACAGUGGCAUCGCUGAGAGAAUACAAGAGCAAAGUUUGCUGCACCAAGUACAGGAYCUCACUCUGGUCCUUUCAGAUUGAGAGAUAUCUUCUAACAUUUAAUCCACUGAACCAGGCAUCUCAUUUUCCCUCCACUUUMGCUCUGCUUCAGAAGAUAAAAAUCUCCAAUAUCCUCCCUCACCUGUCAGCAAGAGAAUAAGGUUAUUGAAUAAUGUGGGAAAAUGCAGUAAUYUGCAUCUUCCCAAAACAUCUACUGUAAUAAAUGAGAUUUGUUCCUGAUGUUUUAUCAUCUCUGUACUCCUUUCUGACCCUUUUACUUGUGCCACUGUGGAAUAAUAAUAAAAACUGUCUCAUUUCUCCAGUGCUACAGGAUCCUCUCUUCCUUUAGCAAGGCUGUAAGAGCAC